GCCCGUCCCCGCCCGCGUGUGAGGCAGAGCGGGUGCGCUGGGUCGGCCCGAUGGGGGUAAUCGAGGGUUUCGGGGACGCGGAGCGGCGCUUUCCUCUUCCCAGUGAGUGAGGGAGGGAAGUCGGCGGCUCCCGUGCCCAGCCACUUUCCCUGCGCGAUUCCCGGAGCUCCCUGCAGGAGGUGAAAGUCCCCGGCGGGUCCGGAUGGCGUAGUUGCGCCGCGGCGCAGCAGCUGCCUGAGCUCGCCGCCGCCGAGCGCUGGGCGGGGAAACUUUCCUCCGCUUUCCUCCAGCGGGCGGCGGGUGGAUCUCCGCUUGACACACCGCCUCCGAGGCAAUUUGGAAAUUGGAAAGGAUUUUAAGGUCACUUCUGAUUUGCAAAUCGUGACUACGAUCUGAAGAACUGCAGACUGAGGUGACUGAACAGGACCCACUUUUGGAGAAAUAAAAAUGGCUUCUCAUUAUGUGGUGGCCAUGUUUGCCCUGAUGAGUUCCUGUCUAGCCACUGCAGGUCCAGAGCCCAGCACCCAGUGUGAGCUGUCGCCCGUCAACGCCUCCCAUCCGGUCCAGGCCCUGAUGGAGAGCUUCACCGUCUUGUCGGGCUGCGCCAGCAGAGGCACGACAGGGCUGCCGCAGGAGGUGCAUGUCCUGAACCUCCGUGCCGCCGACCCGGGGCCCGGCCAGCCACAGAGAGAGGUCACUCUGCACCUGAAUCCCAUCUCCUCAGUCCACAUUCACCACAAGCCGGUCGUGUUCCUGCUCAACUCUCCACAGCCACUGGUCUGGCAUCUGAAGACAGAGAGGCUUGCGAUUGGAGUCUCCAGACUUUUCUUGGUGUCUGAGGGUUCUGUGGUCCACUUUUCAUCAGGAAACUUCUCCUUGUCAGCAGAAACAGAAGAAAGGAGCUUCCCCCAUGGAAAUGAACAUCUGUUAAAUUGGGCCCGAAAGGAGUAUGGAGCGGUUACUUCAUUCACUGAACUCAAGAUAGCAAGAAACAUUUAUAUUAAAGUCGGGGAAGAUCAAGUGUUCCCUCCCACCUGCAACAUAGGGAAGAAUUUUCUCUCACUCAAUUACCUUGCCGAAUACCUUCAGCCCAAAGCCGCAGAAGGGUGUGUGAUAUCCAGCCAGCCCCAGGAUAAGGAGGUUCACAUCAUCGAGUUAAUCACCCCAAACUCUAACCCCUACAGUGCUUUCCAGGUGGAUAUAGUAAUUGACAUAAGACCUUCUCGAAAGGAUCCUGAGGUGGUCAAAAAUCUCAUCCUGAUCUUGAAGUGCAAAAAGUCUGUCAACUGGGUGAUCAAGUCUUUUGAUGUUAAGGGAAACCUGAAAGUUAUUGCUCCUAACAGUAUUGGCUUUGGGAAAGAGAGUGAAAGAUCCAUGAUAAUGACCAAAUCAAUAAGAGAUGACAUUCCUUCAACACAAGAGAAUCUGGUCAAGUGGGCUUUGGACAAUGGCUAUAGUCCAGUAACAUCAUACACAGUGGCUCCUGUGGCUAAUAGAUUUCAUCUUCGGCUUGAAAACAAUGAGGAGAUGAGAGAUGAGGAAAUCCAUACCAUCCCUCCUGAGCUACGGAUCCUGCUGGACCCUGGCAUCCUUCCUGCCCUGGACAACCCACCCAUCCGGGGUGGGGGAGGCCGAAAUGGAGGUUUCCCCUUUCCCUUCCCUGAUAUCUCCAGGAGGGGCCAGAAGGAAGGGGGAGAAGAUGGCAUCCCUCGGCCAAAGGACCCCGUCAUCCCCAGCAUACGGCUGUUUCCUGGUCCCAGAGAGCCUGAGGAGGUGCAAGGGAGCAUGGAUGUUGCCCUGUCAGUUAAAUGUGACAAUGAAAAGAUGACUGUGGCUGUAGAAAAAGACUCUUUUCAGGCCAACAGCUACUCAGGGAUGGAGCUCACCCUCUUGGAUCCUACCUGCAAGGCCAAGAUGAAUGGCACCCACUUCAUUUUGGAGUCUCCCCUGAAUGGCUGUGGUACUCGGCACCGACGGUCAGCCCCUGAUGGUGUGGUUUACUAUAACUCUAUUGUGAUACAGGUUCCAUCCCUGGGGGAUAGUAGUGGUUGGCCAGAUGGUUAUGAAGAUUUGGAGUCAGGUGAUAAUGGAUUUCCGGGAGAUACGGAUGAGGGGGAGACUUCCUUCUUCAGCCGACCUGAAAUUGUGGUGUUUAACUGCAGCCUGCGGCAGGUGGGGAAGCCCAGUAGCUUCCAGGACCCGCCCAACAGAAACAUCACCUUCAACAUGGAGCUGUACAACACUGACCUCUUUCUGGUGCCCUCCCAGGGGAUCUUCUCUGUGGCAGAGAACGGACACAUUUAUGUUGAGGUAUCUGUUACUAAGGCUGACCAAGAACUGGGAUUUGCCAUCCAAACGUGCUUUAUCUCUCCAUAUUCGAACUCCGAAGGGAUGUCUGAUUACACCAUCAUUGAGAACAUUUGCCCUAAAGACGAAUCUGUGAAAUUCUACAAUCCCAAGAGAGUGCACUUUCCUAUCCCACAAGCCGAGAUGGAUAAGAAGCGAUUCAGCUUUGUUUUUAAAUCUGUCUUCAACAGCUCACUGCUCUUUCUGCAGUGUGAGCUCACGUUGUGUACCAAGAAGGAAAAGGACCCCCAGAAGUUACCUAAGUGCGUGCCUCCCGACGAAGCCUGCACCUCACUGGACGCCUCGAUGAUCUGGGCCAUGAUGCAGAAUAAGAAGACGUUCACCAAGCCUCUCGCUGUGAUCCACCACCAAGUGGAAUCUAAAGAAACAGGUCCAAGCAUUAAGGAACCAAGUCCAAUUUCUCCACCAAUUUUCCACGGUCUGGACACCCUCACUGUGAUGGGCAUUGCGUUUGCAGCGUUCGUGAUUGGCGCUCUCCUGACGGGGGCCUUGUGGUACAUCUAUUCUCACACAGGGGAGACUGCAGGAAGGCAGCAAGUCCCCACCUCCCCGCCAGCCUCGGAAAACAGCAGUGCAGCCCACAGCAUUGGCAGCACACAGAGCACGCCCUGCUCCAGCAGCAGCACAGCCUAGCCCGGCCCAGCCACUGCCAAGGGCAGGGCCUGACGGCUCGCGGCUGACACCAGGCUGACACCACGUGUCCAGACUCCAGACUCGGAAGGCUUGAUUGUGGUUCCUUUGUAAAGAGAGAGUGAAUUUCAAUGUAAAGAUCACCUAUUGUAUUCACCCCCACACCCAGGGUUAAUAUAAAUGUGACCCCUGGACUUCUGUAACACACUAGGAUUCAUGUGAGAAAGCUAAGAUGGUGGCCUUCUCCACCAGCCCCUCCCAGGCUUGGGGGUUUUCAAUGUGAAACACAUGCCAGUUUUUAAAAUGCUGCUUUGUCCAGGUAAGAACAUUCAUAAUUUGGGGCCCUCAGUUUUACCCAGACUCAAGGAGUUAGUAACGGAGAACAGCCAGAUAGUAGAACCAGUAAGGAAAUGUGGCCAAAGAUUCUUUCAUAACUGAACCAAGAAGUGAAACAAAAGAAACGCUUCAAGACUUUCUAAGUGGGUUCCUCCAUGUCUGAUUUGCACCUUCUGGAUGCACACUUCUCACCUUGCUGCCACAGCCUGUGGGGGCCGAUGUGUCAGCUUGAUGGGUGCUGGCCUCAGGGACUGCAUCCUGACACACAUCAAGGCAACAUUCCUUUCUUGUGCCCUGGGCCAAAACCAAUGCUGAUUACCUUAUCAGCUUCUUCCUUCUCCCCACACUUGCACACUGACUGCAAAAAUGUCUUAAUGCAAAUUUUGUAUUUCUUUGUAGGCGUAUAGAAAUUGAAAAUGGUCAAAAUCUGGGACUGCAGAUUUGUGCCCAUUUAUGACAUCAUAUUCUGAUAAAUUAAUAUUAAACUGGGGCAAAAUUGAGUUGUAAAGUUGAGGAGGAAUUUGAACGGUGAUUACCAGUACAAGUAUAUAAUAUGUCAUCUGGCACAUUCAUUUUCUCUGUUGAACAAGAGAAAAUUCAUUCCCCUUUUAAUAAUGUCCUGUGCCUUCAGAGUUGGAACUUAUUCUUAAAUAUAUUUGGGAGAAUUAGUGUUUCCACUGAAAACAUAUCAGCCUUUUUAAUAGUUCCUUUUGUAAAAACCAAGCUCUUAUAAGAUGCAAAUGCAUGGCAGAUCCUGUUGGAUUUAUUGGUUAUCUUAACAGUAUCACCAAUUCUGCCAAGAAAGUGCUGAGAUAGGGAAAAGGGCACUCAUGAUUGCUUUAGUUCUCUUGCCUUAAAUAUAUCCCAACUCAAAAAGGAUUUGAGGUGAAUUUCAUUAAAAUGGAAUAAUAUGAUGCCACUCUGCAGCUAAAAUAAGCUCAACUGAUACCUCUAUGUUAAAGAAGAAUGCCAGAGGGAAAUCUGUGUGCCAAAUCAUUCACUACUGAGGACAGCUUCAUUGCAAAUAAAUAAUUACUCGUUUUCCAGAAUUCCCCCCAAACGACUUAGAAUUCUACGGAUAGCAUAGGCUAGAUUCUACCCCAAAAUAUUCAUAAGCAAAUCUUACUGCCCUUAACAUAAGGAAGUCAUGCCUGGUUCUCUGUGAAUAGAACCUCAAGUAGGAAAUGGUGAUGACACCCAAGAUCUGAGGGCCGUGUCAACCAGGGACACAAAUAGGGGGCAACUGAUGAUCAUUGUUAUCUAAUCAUAGAGUAAUAAUACUCUGAUUGAUUAUAUAGGUAUAGACAUUCAAUCAGGAUAAAUUUUAACCAAAACAGAUUGCUUGAGAGCUAAGAUCUCCAGGCUAUCUACAUUGAUAAUUUUCCACAUACAAAUGAAGAUAGGAGAUUACAGAAUUUUUUUCCUUCAGUUAACUUUUUUUAACAUAAAGGUAUCAGAGUGGAGGACCUAGAUUACGCUACCUGUGUUUGAAAAUAAUGCGCUUUGCCUAACCUUCAGCAGAAUGUAUUGUAUUAGCAUAUUCUAUGUAUAAAAAUGUUUAAAGAUGUCUUCAAAGAAGACUAGAGUCUUUAAGUCACUUAUAGCUAUAUUUUACUACAAAAAUUUGUGUAUAAGAUAUAUUUAAGUGUUUUAGAUAAAUUUAAGUUACUCCAUAUGAAAUGUUUAAUUUCAGUUACUGUGAAUUCUUUUGAUCAGUUCUUUGCUUUAAAAAAAAAACCCUUUACAUCCUGCUAAAAAGAAAAUUAGCUAUUAAGAGAUAUUAAAAGAUCGAAUUCAUAGAUGGACAGGGUUACAACCUUUUGUAAUAUAUUUAAAUGUAUAUUUUUGAGAGAGAUGCUACAUUACCAAUGAUUUUAUAAAUAAUUUAAAGUUAAUUUACAAAUUUAUAGAUGCAAACCAAAAGAUUUUAAAAGAGAAGAAAAAAGUCAACCUUUAUUUGUUUGGGUCUUAUUGUCAGAAGUAUUAUUCGAGUCAAGAAAUCCAUGUUGACGUAACCUGAUCCCAUGUUAAUUGGAGAGUGAAUGUCAUUAAGUAUUUCUGAAAUGUUUCUGAAAAAUGAACAUUUAAAGAAAAAAGUCUCCUUAGCUUCUUCUUACAGCAUUUCCAGUUGCUUCAUACUUCACAGUUUUAAUACAAAGUACAAGCUCUACUUUAUAACACGUUCUCCAAGUUUUUAAAACUACUAUUAUAUUCCAGAUAAACUCUUCUAUCCGCAGAGUCUUUUGUUACUUCUGCAGGCUACACCCUUAAUUUGCAGAGGCCGUUUUAUUUUGUUGUUUGAUGCUAAAGCCGUUGUUGAAAUGCUCUGAACUCCAAGGCCGAUUGUGGAAGAUCCUAUAGCUUUUUCGCUCUGUGUGCUGUUUACCAGCUGUUACUCUAUUUUGAAAGUCAGAGAUUCCUCCUGUCUGAGCUGUUUCUAUAGCAUUUUCUAAACAAACAAAAAAAAAUGGUCUUUUCCUUGUCUGUAAUGAGAUUGUAAACCCAUUUCCUUCGUGUGCUCUGUUGUGGGCAUGAGUGUGAGCGUGUGUGGUGGCGCGCACACGCGUGCCAGUGUUUUUGUACUAUAACUACCUCAUGGUUUGCGUGCUGGUUGUACUGCUGGUUGUGUUAACAGAGCACAUUUUGUUGGGUGAAUUGUGUGUGUGAUUUUUUUUCUGUUUGUUUUAGCUGGGGGUUGUUCAUGAAACUGACAGAUGUUUUUCUGAAAAGGACUAUUAUCAGUUUCCAAAUACAGUACUUCUCUCUUCUGGUUUUUCCUGAAUGAGCCUGAUUUUGUUGCUGUUUUUCAUCAUCUACGAGGGUAAAAAGAGUACCCUUAAAAUCCCUGUGGCCAGUUUGAACACCCUUGUUGGAUUCUUUUCUCUGUUCAAUGUGUCGGCAAUUUUGUGAACAUGCUUAGAUGUAUGGUUUUGAUAUCCACAGUUUUAAGUCCUUUAUCUGUGCAUAAUAAAAAGAUAUAUAUCAAUUAUUAAUAUA